UGUCCAUUUCCAUUCAUGGUUAAAGUUUCAAACACGCCGUAACCGGCCCUACAAGAUUCUUUCCCCUCCUCCAGCAACUAUUUACAAAAUUCGUUUCAUUACAUUAGCAAACGAUAUUUUGUGAGUGCCAAACAUCCAUCUCCUCUGCUUCAACCUCCACAAGAUUAAUUGCUGCAGAAAGGGUUUGUGAGAAAAAAAAAACCUGGUUUGAAUAUUUACGAAAUAGGAGGUAAAUUAUACAUGUGGGUGAUUUGUUGCAUGGUUGGGGUUUUGUGUGUCAAGUUAAUGCAAUGCUCAUAGUGUUCACAAAUUGAAAGUGUGAACUGACCGAACAAUUCUUUCCCAGAAGAGGUACAUAAAUCUUCGUCCAGAGUAUGUUUCGGUUGAAGAAAUGUUUCUUUAAGUUUACAUGGUAUGCUUUGGAUGUAUUGAAUUUUUAGUUUGGGUGGUGGUUGUUGGACGAGGAUUUUGUUGUAGUGUUGGGAAAUUGGUGUCUGUUUGAAGGUUAAAAUAGGAGCAUGAGGUGAAUGAAUGCAGAUAAUUUUGGGUGUGAUCAAUGUUCACAGGGAAGCUGCAGUAGCUGUGGAAUUUUGGUGGUGGGCUUGUGAAACUGUGGUGGUUGACGUGAUUGGUAAAAGGUUGAGAAAUGAGUUCACGUAGCAGGAGCAGUAGCAGAAGUCAGGGUAUGGGUCGGAGCCGUAGCAGGAGUAGGAGUCCCCGAGAUCGCAGAUUUCGAUCUCAGCGUAAUUCCUAUCGUGAUGGUCCUUAUAGGAGGGAGACACACCGUGAACGUGACCGUGAUCGUGGUUUCAGCCAAACCAAUUUGUGCCAUAAUUGCAAGCGGGCUGGUCAUUUUGCAAGAGAAUGCCCCAAUGCUGCUGUUUGUAACAACUGUGGUCUUCCUGGGCAUGUUGCUUCUGAGUGCACCACACAACUGCAGUGCUGGAACUGUCGGGAACCUGGGCAUGUAGCAAGCAACUGUCCGAAUGAGGGCACCUGCCACGCAUGUGGCAGGUCUGGACAUCGUGCCAAAGAUUGCCCAAAUCCUGAGCCUUCACCUGGAGAUGUGAGGUUGUGCAACAAUUGCUACAAGCCAGGGCAUUUUGCUGCUGACUGCACAAAUGAUAAAGCAUGUAAGAACUGCAGGAAAACUGGCCACAUGGCACGUGACUGUCAGAAUGAGCCUGUCUGCAACUUGUGCAACAUUUCUGGGCAUGUGGCAAGGCAAUGCACAAGGGGAAAUAGUUUUCCAGACAGAGGAGGCUGGGGUCGUAAUAGCAGUUAUCGGGAUGUGAUUUGCCGUACAUGCAAUCAGGUGGGGCACAUGAGCAGGGAUUGUAUAGGUCCCAUGAUUAUCUGCCACAAUUGCGGGGGGAGGGGCCACAGGGCAAUCGAGUGCCCAUCAGGGAGAAUAGCCUUCCGAAGGUACUGAUACUUCAUAAAUCGAUCCGCGUUUGAUUUUGAGAGGCAAGGAGCUAAAACAUUUGACAGUGAUGAGUUGUAUGGUUUCUCACAUGCAAUCUACAUAAUUUGAACAACAGGAGGAUGGUUUCACUUUGUAGCAAAUUUUAUGAGAGGAUUGUUUCUAUUCUAUUUGAAUCGUCCUUUUAACAGUCUGAAAACAGCAGAAUUGUUAUGUUAUAUGCCACAAUGCAUUCCUUAUUUUUUCU